ACGAGUGUGUGCCGCCCGGUGUGGAUGUCCCUCUGUUCCCCGGUGAAGACGCACCGAGCCCCGGCCUUGUGAGCAUGCCCCAGCCCGGCGUGUGACCCGCCGGACGUCGCGGAGCGGCCGCAGGGAGCCAGUCCAGAUCCCCGGGGCCGCGUUGGGAGCUCCGAGCACCGGCAGGAUGUUGCAGGUUCUGGCGUGUGGCGCCGUGGUGUUCCCCGGGCUGUUCCUCGCCUUCAGGCGGCUGCUGCCCUGCGUGUUCCGCCGCUGGAGCGAGGCCGACGUGGUGCUGGUCAGCGAGAGAGUGGUGUCCUCCAUCCAUGCCAUCAUGGCAACAACUGCAGGAGUCAUCAUUGUGGCAUCAUGCAGGGACAACGUCAUUAACGACAGGCACUGGCUGGCCACAUCCUUCGUCAUCUGGUACGGCGUGCCCUACAUGACGUACGACCUCUUCGCCAUGUACCUCAGUCACUACCACCGUUUCCGAGUCAAAGGUCACGAGGACUACAAGCAGCACUCGCUGAAGACGGUGAACUCCUUCGUCCGCAGGGAGUUCCUGCUGGUGCUGCAUCACAUCGCGCUGCUCACCAUCCUGCUGCCCGUCACACUGUUCUUCAGGCAGGACCAGGGGGAUUUCUUCAUUGGCUGCCUGUUUCUAACAGAGCUCAGCACUCCCUUUGUCUCCCUGGGGAAGAUACUCAUUCAGCUUGCCCUCCAGAACUGCUGGCUGCACAAGGCCAAUGGCGGCAUGGUACUGUUCACCUUCUUCAUGUGCCGCAUCGCUCUCUUCCCCUACAUGUACUGGAUGUACGGCCGCCACUAUGGAGUCCCGCUCUACAGCGUGCCCUUCCACCUGCCGCUGUCCACCAACGUGGGCAACUUCUGCAUCCUGGCGCCACAGGUCUACUGGUUCGUGCUGCUCUGCCGGAAAGGCUACCGCCUGUACAAGCGCAGCCGAUGUCCCGAUCCGUCUCCUGCGGUCACAGUCACUGACAAUUCUAAGGACAAUUGAUAUCCGGUUCACGAUUGCUCGCUCAAGCUGCUCACUCAGCUACUAACGCAACUACUUCUACAGAGGCACUAGUUUGACUUAACAUUUUUCGAACCCCACCAUUGUACUGUAGUACACCAGGACUGCCUGCUGUUGUCCCACAAAUCCUGGGCAUUUUCCGCACACUUUUAAUUCCUCUGUUACAAAUCUGCUGCCUACAUGGACCUCUCCACCGAUCGAACUCUAACUACUGAAGUUUGCCGACUGGGGUGUUUUUUUUGUUUUUUUUUUGGAUUUGGCUCUAGCCUGGAUCUUGUUGAAGUGCAACCCUGCGUCCGUCUACAUCCUCAACACGGAAGAAUGGUCAUGUUUGCUUCACUGAGAGUAGAACAUGGAGUUAAAAGCACCAAAAACUGAAGAGGAGCUUCCAUGGACAGACAUCUUAUCUCUUACUCCUACUGUGUUUACAGCCUCUGCUGAUUUGAAAGGUCUGUUACAGUGUGUGUGCAUGAGUGUGUGUGUGUGAGCGGCUGUUACGACAGGUUGUAUUUAUUUUUAUGGUUUUUCUGUAAUGUGUCCGAUAGUUUCCCAUCUCAUCCAUUCACUAAUCAAAGAAGAAGGAUUAGGAAUAGCGGUGGGAGUGAACUCAGGCAGUAUUGGCAGGAAAAGGUAUGAAGAGAACAAGUCGCCUCAUCCACACUAGAGAAAUAACAACAGCUACAGUUGUUAAUACCCAUUAAUGUGAUGUAAUGUUAAGGUUUCAGCCCUGUUUAUUGUGUUUGUAGUUUCCCACACUGCAUGCCCUCACGGCAACAGCCCCACAUUCCUCACCGGAGCAUCCAGCCCAGAUUUAUGGUCCUGAUUCUUUUGUUUUCAGUAUCCACCCCCUUCAAUAGAGCCACUGUUGUUCAGCAUGCAAACUGUAUCCCCAUGAAUUGAUGCUGCGCUCGUGGACUCUCUGCAUUUUUCAAGGGUUAGGAGGAAAUAUCAUCCUGUGUUUGGAGAAUGGUGUCACCGACGAGAGGUCUUAGCUGAGGGGAAGCAUUCUUCAUUUUCAUUUGAAACCAUUAAGAAAUAUGCCCCAUGCUGGAUACUGAAAAGACCUCAAAAGAAUCACUUUCAGAAAAAUAUAAACCAGGCACCAAAUAAUAAGUCGACAGGAUGAGAUUUGGACUAACCUUCACCUGAAUUAAGUUCUGAAGACUGAGUAUAAACUGAGCAUGUGAGGAUUUUUACUUGAGGGUCAAUUUGGCUUCUUGCUGCUGAGAGUUUAUUUUCUGGAUCCACAGUCUUUGUUUGGAAACGUCACAGCUGUCACAGAAAAACGCUGACAGUCUUUGACCGUUGCUACGUGUUGAAGAUUACUUUUCUCCUAUAGGCGCUGGAGACUUGGUCAAAGCCGUGGGACAAACUCAGGGUCAAGGUCAGAGCAAUAAGGUGGGCAGGGGGGGCUCACCAGGGCAAAAAAAACAAGACAGAGGUUUGACAUUUCUGAGCAAUUUAUCCACAUAUAUAAACACGUAUGAAUUGAGGAUAUUAGAAGAUGAAGUUCAGUAAGUGUUGAGUUUCCCCAGGGCUCCGGAGAUUUGUAUGCACUUCACACAGGGCUGUACAUACUUAAUGUUUUUAGACAUUUACAUCAUGUUUUAAUCAUAUAAAGCUAGUUUUAAACCUUGAUCUUAUAUCUAUAUCAUGCAAAGCAAUUACCUUUGGAUUCACAGUUGCAUAAUGACAUUUAUCGUAGAC